AUGGUCGAGACCGGCGGCAUCUUGGCGGGCUUCCUACCAGCGCUGACCGAGCAGAUCUCCGAAAGCGUCGUGGAAGCUACCGGGGAAGUGGAAAAUGCCCUCCAUAAGAGACUGGAUUCCACAGGUAGUAAGAAGCAGCAAGCAAGACAGCUGAAUGCCGUCGCAAAGGGAUCUGGGAAGUACAUGUCCAAAGUACAUCGCGCGUUUGAAAAGAAUUUCGACAAAUUCGAGCUUUAUGUACGACGCAACAUUGUGUCGGUACCUGACGCUCUGGCCGAUGAGGUAGCUCAGAUUCGAGCUGAGAAGCAGAAGACAGACGGGGAUAAAGACAAUGUAGCCGCACAAGAAGCAGAAGAUAUGGCGUUAUUGACAAGGGAAGAGAGGGAGGAACGAACAUUGGACAAUCAGUUGGAAGCGUUGCGUCUAAAACUGCGGGAGUUGACAGCAUCAAACCAGCAAUUAGAGAUGGAAAAGAAGGCGCUGGAUCUACGCGCACAACGUUUCCAAGGUCUCGUAUCACAGUUAGCUUUUCUGGACGACGUCCCAGAGCGAACAAUUUCUCCAUUGAAGCGCACAGCGGAACACAUUUCCGCUCUCCAGGACGCAUUUUUGAGGAUGGAUAGUAUUCAGGCAGCACUAGAAGAGGACUCGCGACAGUUUAAAAAAUCGAAAGUGGCUACUCGCGGCAGCUUCCGGAAACUACGCAAGCAGUUUACAGCAAGAACAGCCGAGAUGACGUACAGAACGACCGAAGAUCUGGAAGAGCUGCACUCCAAACUGCCGACCUCGUAA